GCUGAGGGCGGUUCCAUGACCUCCAGGAGCCUCGUGCAGUUCCGUGGGGUGAUUAAAUGCACCAUUCCCGACAGCACACCACUGCAGACAUUCAACGACUACGGCUGUUACUGUGGAUACGGUGGCUCCGGGACUCCGAUGGAUGAGCUGGACAGGUGCUGUCAGAUUCACGACAAUUGUUACACGGAAGCCACAGAGGUGACGAAGUGCUGGCCAGUCUUUGACAGCCCUUACUUCGAGAUCUACACCUACACCUGCUCCAGUAACUCAGUCACCUGCAGCAGUAAAAAUGACGAGUGUGAGAUGUUUAUCUGUGAGUGCGAUCGCAAGGCAGCCAUUUGCUUCACCAAAGCAAAGUACAAUCCUGACUUCAAGGGCAUGGACCAGUCGCUGUGUCACUAGCAGCUCCAUGUGGCCAUGUGUUUACAGGCUACACAUUGUACUGCAAAUAGUUCCCUUCUAAUUGUGUCUUGUAGUUCUUCUCAUCGCGUCCACAUCACAAGAUUAGAUAUUGUUCAGCCAGAGCUGAACACACUUCUCACCAUCUUGUGGUUUAUCCCCAGGAACUCUCAUCAACCCCGCUCCCCAAAUUUACUGCGUUAAUGUAAUGGGUAAUCUGUGGAAUUCAUUGCCACUGACGGCUGUGGAGGCCAAGUCAGUGGAUGUUUUUAAGGCAGAGAUAUAUAGAUUCUUGAUU